CCUGCGUUCAUUCCUCCAAUGAGAUGAUCACAUAUCAGCCCCAAAGGGAGAGGUGGAGAUGUCACAGGAGUGUGUGGCCAAGGGGAGUGGCUGGCUGGUGGAGGAAAAUGAAUAUGAAGUGGUUUCUCUGGAGGAUCUGCCAGGAGAGAUGUCCCAGGAUACCACAGGGAGGCUGUCAAGAGGUCUGAAGAAGAAAGAACAGACCCCAAAGAGACUGAGACUCAUUCUGGUGGGGAAAACAGGAAGUGGGAAAAGUGCAACAGGAAACAGCAUCCUUGGCAAAAAAGUAUUUGAGUCUAAACUCAGUACUAGAUCAGUGACCAAGACCUUCCAGAGAGGCAUCCGAGAGUGGGCCGGGAAGGAACUCGAGGUGAUUGACACCCCUGACAUCUUGUCCUCUCUGUUCCAUCGGGAUGUGGAAGCCCGGAUCUGUCAAGCCAUCACCUUCUCCUCGCCAGGGCCUCACGCUGUGCUCCUGGUGACACAGCUGGGCCGAUUCACAGAGGAGGAUAAGCAGGCAGUCAGGCGUCUCCAGGAGAUCUUUGGAGUGGGGAUCCUGGCACACACCAUCCUAGUGUUCACCCGGAAGGAAGACCUUGCUGGCCGCUCCUUGGAAGAGUACCUGCACGAGACCGACAACCAGGACCUUGCCAAGCUGGAUGUGCUGUGCGAGCGGCGCCACUGUGGCUUCAGCAACAGAGGGGAGAGGGCUGAGCAGGAGGCCCAGCUGCAGGAGCUCAUGGAGAAAGUGGAAGGAAUCCUGUGGGAAACGGAAGGCCACCACUUUAGCAACAGGGCUUACCAAUACUCCCAGCAGUGCCUUCUGCUCAAAGGAGAGCAGGAAACUGGAAUGACCCAGGGGCAGGGCUCUGGGGAAGUGUUCGUCGAGGAGUCCUGCUUGGCAGGGCUGCCCCAAGUCCAAAAGGAGUCUGAGAAAACUCAUAAAUACCUCCUGGGGAGGGUUCCCUUUUGAUUUACCACUUAUUCAAAUCUCAUGUUCCCUACCAUUUAUGUCAAAAUUUUCAUUUUUGCUCAGAAUACUUUUGUAUUCUUUUUUUAUUUUUUAAAAGAUUUAUGUAUUUAUUUGAAAGUCAGAGUUAUACAGAGAGAGAAGGAGAGUCAGAGAGAAAGAGAGAGAGAGAGAGAGAGAGAGGUCUUCCACCCACUGGUUUAUUCUCCAAUUGGCUGCAAUGGCCAGAGCUGCGCAGAUCCCAAGCCAGGAGCCAGCAGCCUCCUCCAGGUCUUUCAAUGUGGGUUCAGGAGCCCAAGGACUUGGGCCUGCUUCUGCUGCUUUCCCAGGGCAUAACAGAGAGCUGGAUAGGAAGUGGAGCAGCCGGAACUUCAACUGGCCCCUAUAUGGGAUGAUGGCACGGCAGGCGGGGGCUUUACCUGCUAUGCCACAGCACUGGCCCCUAUAUUCUUUUUUUUUAAUAUUUGUUUAUUUAUUUGAAAGUCAGAGUUACACAGAAAGAGGAGAGGCAGAGAGAGAGAGAGAGAGAGAGAGAGAGAGAGGAGGUCUUCUAUCCGCUGGUUCACUCCCCAAUUGGCUGCAACGACUGGAGCUGUGCCAUUCUGAAGCCAGGAGCUAGGAACUUCCUCCAGGUCUCCCACAUGGGUGCAGGGGGCCCAAGGACUUGGGCCAUGUUCCAUUGCUUUCCCAAACCACAACAGAGAGCUGGAUUAGAAGUAGAGCAGCUGGGACUCAAACCAGUGCCCGUAUGGGAUGCCAGCACUGCAGGUGGUGGCUGUACCUGCUACGCCACAGCGCUGGCCCCUACUUUUCUAUUCUUAUGUGAAUAAAAUACUGAUCUGAUUGUAA